AUGGGUCGUGUUCGUACCAAGACUGUCAAGAAGGCUUCUCGUGUCCUUAUCGAGAAAUACUAUCCUCGCCUCACUCUCGAUUUCCAAACCAACAAGCGCAUUUGUGAUGAGGUUGCUAUCAUUCAGUCCAAGCGUCUUCGCAACAAGAUUGCUGGUUUCACCACCCAUUUGAUGAAGCGUAUCUCUCGUGGUCCUGUCCGUGGUAUCUCCUUCAAGCUUCAAGAAGAGGAACGUGAACGUCGUGAUAACUAUGUGCCCGAGCAAUCUGCUUUGGAUACCUCUGCUAUUGAGAUUGAUCCUGAGACUGAGGACUUGCUCAAGUCCCUCAACUUUGAAAACUUGCCUGGCGUCCGUGUUACCGCUCCCGUCGCUGCAUUCGCUCCCAAGGACAACCGUCGCCGUGACAACGCUCGUCGUGCUUAA